UCGACGCGAGCCCAACCAAGCACCACGCACCAUUGGGCGCUUAGAUAACGUACUGAUAACCUCGGCCGAACCAUGGCCCGCGCUAAAACAUUCGUCCAAACAUUGGCCCAACUUUGUCUCAUAAUUUCGUGUAACGCUGAACCCCAGUUAGACUUGCCUCCUUUGCCCCAAGUUUCUACCCAAAGAAACCCUUAUUAUGGACUAUCCAGCACAACACCGGCUAACCAGUUUGAUGUCAACCGUAAUUUCCAGUUCUCUUCAGCAAGACCACAAUCUCUUACACCAGGAGUAUACCCAGUUUCGUCCACCCCGAGUGGAAUAAAUCCGGAUAUAAACAACAAUGGUUACCCGAGUUUGGAUUACGGGAACGGACGCAAUCCGACGUCUACUCUGCGUCCGGGCGACGAUCGGAAUAGAGAUUUGCGUCCAUACGACGAUAGGAAUCGGGAUGAUAGAAUAGAUAUCAAUAGUGACGCAAAUUUCAGGAGAAACGAUCCGAAUUUCGCUCGUAAUGAUCCAAAUUACGUGGGCACAAAUCCUUAUAACUUUAACAGAGAUUUGAACACGAAUCAUAUCGAUGAUAGACUGAACAAUCAGGCAAAUUUGCAGCGUGUGAGAGAUUUCCUCCUGCUUGCCGACGACCAGGCGUCUAAGGAGUGCACCAACAACGUGGCGUCGCAGUGGAAUUUCGAAACUGACGUGAAUGAUGUAACACAACAUGCCGCACUGGAUGCCCAGCAGCGCUACACGCUCUUCCAGCGAGGGCUGUGGGAGGCGGCCCAGAAUGUCCCCACCGGCGGCGUCAGGGACCUCAACACGUACCGGCAGCUGCGACUCCUGUCCAUCAUCGGACCCGCUGCACUACCGCCUGACCAGUUGGACAGAUACAACCGCAUAAUCAACGACAUGCUAGCAGUGUUCAACUCAGCGGAGAUAUGCGCAUACAACGAACCCUUCAAGUGUGGACUACAUCUGCAGCCAGAUCUUCAGCACAUCAUGUCUCACUCGCGGGACUGGGACGAGCUGCAGCAUGUCUGGACCGAGUGGAGACGGAACACCGGCAGGAGGAUCAGAGACUUGUAUGAGCAGCUGGUGGAACUGACCAAUCAGGCUGCGAGGCUUAACAAUUUCACGGAUGCAACAGCAUAUUGGAUGUUCCCGUAUGAAAGCUUUAACAUGAGACAAGAAGUUGAGGAAGUAUGGGAACAGGUUAAGCCGUUAUACGACCUACUCCACGCCUACGUUCGCCGCCGUCUCCGCGAAGCGUACGGACCGGAGAGGAUAUCACGAUCUGCGCCCAUCCCUGCGCACAUACUCGGAGAUAUGUGGGCGCAGAGCUGGGCGGGUGUUGUGCCCUUUACCCUGCCAUACCCGGGGAAGAAACUUGUUGAUGUCACCCCGGAAAUGCUCAAGCAGGGCUACACACCACAGACAAUAUUCCAACUCGCCGAAGAGUUCUUCUUGUCUAUGAACAUGUCGGCCAUGCCGGCAGACUUCUGGUCGUUCAGUCUGGUGGAGCAGCCCGGCGACAGACACAUCCACUGCCAGCCGUCCGCCUGGGACUUCUGCAACGGCCACGACUAUCGGAUCAAGAUGUGCACUCACCCAGACAUGAAAGACUUGAUCACGGCUCACCACGAGAUGGCUCACAUAGAAUACUUCUUGGCGUACAAGAACCAGCCCAAGGUGUUCCGCGAUGGUGCUAAUCCAGGUUUCCACGAAGCAAUAGGCGAGACCAUCGCUCUAUCAGUGUCCUCUCCCCGCCACCUUCAGACCCUCGGCCUCAUCCAGCGGUCCGUAGAUGACACGGCCCACGACAUCAACUACCUGUACACCCAGGCGAUGGACAAGUUGGCCUUCCUGCCUUUCGCGCUGGUGAUGGACCGCUGGCGUUGGGAUGUAUUCACUGGCGACAUCAGGAAGGAACAAUACAAUUGUCACUGGUGGAGGUUGAGAGAGCAGUAUGGAGGAAUAAAGCCGCCGGUGCUGCGAUCAGAGCUGGACUUCGACCCUGGCUCCAAGUACCACGUCCCCGCAAACAUCCCCUAUAUAAGAUACUUCGUGAGCACGAUACUACAGUUCCAGCUUCACCGCGCGCUGUGCGCCCGCACCGGGCAGUACAUCCCCGGCGACCCCUCCCGCCCGCUGCACAAAUGCGACAUCUACCGGAACCCUGAAGCGGGAAGGAUUCUCACUCGUCUCAUGUCACGUGGUUCCUCGAUACCCUGGACCCAAACUCUUCAAGAUGCGAUCGGCGAAGGCAGGCUGAGCGGGGAGGCUAUGAGGGAGUACUUCAGACCCCUGGAGGAAUGGCUGCGGAGUGAGAACCUCAGGACUGGGGAAUACCUGGGAUGGAGCUAUGAUGGAGAUUAUUGCAAGUUUAGCAUCGAAACAGCGGGUCUCCAAGUAUAUGGCGGGUUCUACAACGCGGCGAGCACGCACUUCGAUGUCACCACAUUUGUGCUAUUGCUCAUUACUUCUACCGUGGUCACAGUUACCGGAUUACGCUGGCGGUGAUUGAUUGAAAACGUGUAAAUAAAUUUAAUAUAGUUGCAGAAUAAAUACAAAAUUAAUUAAAUCUCAAACAAAUGAUACUUUAAUUACUCUGUAUACAAAUAUAUAUCCGUGUUAUUAAAGAGUAAGAUCCCAGAGAUCAGUCAGAUCUCUCUGGGACCUUGUAACUGGAUUCAUCAUUGCCAAACGUAAAUUGGUAUGUCAACGUAGUUAAACAAUGUGUUACAUUCAGUAUUGUCUAUAGAUGGAACAUAGUAUACAAGUUUAGACGACUUGUUUUUAUGUCCGCGAUUUUCUCAAAAACUCCUGGUCAUAUUUGGAUGGAGUUUUCUUUAUUUUAAUGCAUAAAACGUUAUAAAUUGAUCAUUUCUUAAUCAUUAUAGGUGAUUCGAUUUUCCUCUUGAAAAAAAUAAUUGAAAUACUGUAAUAUUAAAGUGUUAUUAUAGUGUAAUUAAUAUUUGUAAUUUGUGUUGUAUUUAAAACAUGCUUAAAAUAUAUUAUGUAUAAUUUUUGAGUUAUUUUUGUGUAAAUAUCAGGUAAUGACGGUAAUAUAUAUCAACGAGUAAGUUUAUAUUUGUAAAAUAGGAAUAUACGAGUAUAGGUAUGUUUUUGAGCUAUUUUUAAGAUUUAUUUUAACAUGGAAAUAGAAACAAUAAACUAAUAAACUGGAAAAGAGUAACUAACGUUACUAAUGUGUAUUUUAAUUUUAAUUAAAUACAAUAAAAUAACUAGUGAUUUUUAUCCACACAUGUAACUUAACCCCAAAACUACUUACUUCAUAAAUGUAAUUUGUGAUAUUUUUUUGUAUUUGCGAGUUCUUAAAUUUUAAUAAAAAUCAAAAAUUGUUA